AUGCCAAGCGAUCGAAGGCGCGGCAGACAGGCGGCUGUCAACUAUGCCGACGACUCGGACUACUCCGACUACUCCGACUACUCCGACUACACGGACGAUGAAUACUACAAGCCCCGCGAGCGAAGCCUCCGUGCCCGCUCCCGCUCGAAGCUAGGAUCCCUCGCCCACCGCCUGGAGCGAGGUCUCGGCCUGGACCGCUCCCGCUCCCGUUCCCGCUCCCGCCCAACCAGGCCCCGCGCCCGCGCCCGCUCCACCGACGACCGCCACCCGCCGCGGGGGCGAACGUCCUCACACUCGCACUACUACCACUCUGACGCCAGUCCGUCCCCCGCACCCCGCCGGCGGCACCACAGCAGCAGCACGGCGACGACGCGGGCGCGGUCGCGGUCCCGGUGGCGCGACGCCGCGCUGGCGGGCCUGGGCACGGCGGCGGUGGAGGCACGGCGCCUGCGCGGGCGGCCCGGGUCGUGGGCGGGCGGCAAGGGCGCGCGGGUGGCGACGGCGGCGCUGGGGGCCGCGGCCGUGGACGCGUUCAUGAUCGGCGACGGCGGGGAUCCGUCGCGGCACAGCAAGAUGCGCAAGGUCGAGUCCACGCUCGGGGGGUUGCUGUUCAAUCGGGUGGUCAAUGGGCCGAGGGAUGAGGUGGGGAGGAGGGGGUCGCGGCGUUGA